GGGUAAUGGUAGAUUUUCCUAAUACAUUAACAGAACUAUCGACCUCAGUUGUAGUAGAACUUGUUGCUGAUAACUGGGUUAAAAAUCUUGAAGUUCGUGAAGACCUUGUUGUAUGUUGGAUAAGAGUAGAUAGGCCAGAUACAUUGUUAUCAGCUUUAGAAUUAUUAACUUCAACUGUGUUGAAGCUUCUUGUUGCUAAUAAAGAUAUUGAGGGCUUUGUGGUGUGUAAAGCAAUAGUAGAUGGUUUGAAUACAUCAUUAUUAUCAUUCUCUUCAGAACUAUUGAUUUUAAUUACAUUAAAAUUUGUUAAUAAUUGGUUUGGAAUAAAAAUUUUAAUCUUAUAG